AUGUCUUUACUGGGGAAAUUAUUCUCUGCGACGACAUCUACUGCACAGACGACUUCACGCCCUUCCAACCUUCUUGAUUCAAAUCUGGAGGAUCAUUUUACCUAUAACUUACUCUUCCCAGAUGCCGAAGCUUUGUGUCACAAGGACCAACUCUUCCCAUUCUCUUCUGGAACCGCACUUGCGCCUGCGAACGCGAAUACUUUUGAUAUUAAUGGAGAGAUUGAUUUGGACAUGCGCGAUGUGCGAGUAAUUAUUAUGCAGGAAGCCACUUCAACGUCUGGAACUCCAUACGUAUUAUACGAUAGCCACACCCCUCCGCCAGCUUCUCCCUUUCUUGAAAGACAAAACUCGAAUGGUUCUGCGUUCCCUACGAGGUCCGAAAAUCGGAGAUCGAUGCCUCCACCACGAAAGACAUCUGUAGGACAAAAUUCGAGACCUGUCGUUAUACAACAGGAAAGUACAACUCCUCGAGCUUUCGGCGCAUUUGACCGAAGAUCAGCACAUAAAUCACAAGCAAGUUAUACAGAAACUGAGGGACAACGUUCGCUGAGGGAAUACAAGGAAGAGGUUACUACUAUUUCGAAUUGCAUAUUUGGAAAUUCCGAGGUUUUAGCAUACAAAGGGACUGGCACAAAGGUUCACAUAUUGCCAUCCGACUCUAGAUCCUUUGUAGGACCUAGUUCUUAUGCUGCGGAUGGAUCUUUCGGUAGAUCAAGUAUGCGGAGUAGUAAGUUGGCACAAUCUUUCACCGUGGAAAAUGGUGCAGGUCCCGCUCCGGCUCCAGCUGGUCCUUCGACAACCACACCUACGAGGGGACAAGACAGGAAAAAGGUUCUCAUCACACGCAUGUUUCCGGUACCCCUACCAAAUGAGGAAGUCGAGCCUCAAACACCAGUGGUGGGGGAAGACAAAGAUGGUUAUCCAUUUCCUAAAGUUACCGAUAAUGACACUCCACUAAAGAAGCCUCAACCAAAACAAAAGAGAACUCCUAUGUAUGCGGUCGGAUUGAUUGUCCAUCUACCCGCUUCACCACCUCGUGCGCCUUCAGCACCAACUUCAAGAUCUAGUUUCCGUGCAUCGAGCUCAUACAACGAACAAGAUUCAUUCCCAUCAUCUUUCAGCUCUACAAAACGUGCCGGUUGGACGAUGCUUGGUUCUGGUUUUGGCAUCGAGUCUUUGGAAUCUUCGGUUUAUAGUGAUGUGGAUGACCGGAUCGACAUGAUCACUCAACACUGGGAUAUCAUUACGCGGACACUUACUCAUUUGCAAGCAGUUGCAACCGAAUCCUUGCUGUGCCUUCUCCGACAAGCGGACAUCAGUUCCCCCGGACCUCGUCGCGAGUCAAAUGCUCGAGUCCCUUCAGCUAGUGUAUCAGUCGCUGGAAGGAGAGUGACGGAGGACGCUAAGCCAUUCAAAUUACCCAAGACCAAUGCAAAAUUAGUUCAGCUAGGUCAAAACUGUCUGGUACCGAUCCAGAAAAUACAUAAAGAGGUUGAUGCUUCACGUCAGAGGGUGAUUAGCGGUAUCAAAGGUCUCCAGGUGAUUACUGGGCAGGGUCGAUGGGGCAUAUGGCGUGAAGAAGCAAGGUUGGCUGAGAGGUGGGCAGGGGGGAAGGAUAAGGGAUUCUUCUUCUUUAACCUUUUGACUGGAUUUUUGGGUAAUCACACUGAAUGGUUGCAAGCCCUGGGACCUAGUUGGUAUCGUCGAAGACAUUACCAAAAUCAGAGAUCUUACAAAGAUGAUGAUGUAUCUGUACCAGCACGUACCAUCAUUGUAUCCGAUGAUAAAAUGGCAGCGAGACGAUUGAUAUUUUUGCUUGCUGCUUUUCUACCCGCGAGUCAACAAAUAGGAUCUCGCGCUCAUCGACCUAGUACGUCGAUAUCUUUAGGUGGAUAUCCACAAUCUCCGCCAUCUUCUAUCAUACCCGUCUUGAGAGAAGAAUCUCUUCGCCGCAAAAUCAACAAACGCUCUAGUGCUUCACGAGCCUCUCACCCGCGAUCUAUGAGCUUUCCGGCUCAAUCUGCGCAAGCUUCACAAAUCUCACAGCCUGCCAAACCUCAAACCGAACAUCCUAGUGGUCUUGGAAUUACAGUCCAUGAUGUUCAGCGUGAUCGAUCAUCAUCCGAUAUUUCCCAAAUCAGGACCGCAAAUUUGCCAAUCCCUGGUAGUGAUAGCGGAACUAGGAAGAGCAGCACUGCAACAACAAGGACUGCCACGCCAAUCACGACAGUUCCGCAUUUCUCCACUCGAGCCCCAGUCAGGGGAACUGGUCCAAUCCCUAGGCCGGGAAGCAGUGGUAGUCUUGCUGCUGAUGACCUGCUUCGAUCUCUAAAGAGAGGUGAUAGCUCAGGUCAAUACAGUAACGUAAGCACUGAUUCCCAAAAUCAGAAUUCGAGAUGGGGUAGCAUGCUUAGUGGUUUCUGGAGUUCGAAAAGAAGACCAUCUACGACUAACACCUCGGCUACAUCGAUGGAAGAAGUUGAAAUCAAUGACCCUUACUACAGGGAUAUCACUUCACAGCCUCGUGUUAAAUUACCCAGUACGAGUGAGAAUGUCGCCGAAGUUUACCCAUCAAAGUCAAAAGUUCAACAAGAACGUGACUUGAGGAAAUCGGAAUCUGGAAGUACUGAAACCGCCAGAGCCAUUGAGCAAAAGCCAGAAAAAGGGGCCGGUGAAAUUACCGAGCAGACAAUUCAGAUAUCAGAGCGCAUACCAGAUCCGUCGGGAGCAUAUGAAUCACCAGUCAAAACUUCAAUCGCUGAUGAUGGUGCCAUUGAAAUUGACGUUCCCCUUCCUGACUAUUUGGCUUUUGAAACGGCUGUCAGCUCACCAUCAAGUAGUGGUUAUCUUUCUACGCCAGGUUUAGGAAAUGGACUCGAGGGUUUUGAACAUUAUUCUCGUGCUGGUCCUGAUUCAGAUACUACGAUCAAUGUUGGUGGCUACCUACCACGUUAUCAUCCGGAUUUUGCUUUACAAGCAGUACCUUCGCAAUCGGACCUCAUUUCCGAAAUCAAAGAAUCCAUGAGAGCAGAACCAACGCCUGUCAUCACAUCAACGCCUAAUGCCGAAGAUGGUCGUGCUGAUCGAUGGGUCGACGUUUCUAGUGCGUUGGUAGCUGAUACUACCAACUUCACAAUUACUCAUAUUCGCUACAGACGUCAUGUGAAGCUUAAGGAGAAUGCGGAUCCUACAACUCCAGCUAUCUCCACUUCAUUAGAAUCAAAGUAUGGAAAUGUUUACUCAGCCGUACUUCUUACACCAUCUCUUGAGGUGUAUGAUGAUCAUGAAGAUCAAUUUAUUGAAGAACAAUUGGUUAGCAUGGAUGAAACAUUGAUCGAAGCUGUUGAGAGAAUCAUUGCUCAAUCAGGACAAGCUUCUAAACAAUCGUCAGCAUGUUCAUCCAGAUCCACAAGUAGGAAACCUGUGGUUGGAAGGGAGAGAUCUAACUCGGAUAUUAAAGUUGUACCUGGGUUUGGAGCCAAUCUUGAAGUUCCAAGAAAUGAGUGCAAGAAGAUGGUUCUUAGUGCUCUUGAAGAAAUCGUGAAGGAGGUAGCAGAGAGCCGAGAAGAUGGCGAUGGAGAACAGAGGUUAGAAGGGAGAGAGAAAGAAAGCUUUCUGAGGGAAGGAGUACGAAAUUGGCUAGGAACCGUGGAAAGUGUGGAAUAA